UCAUAAAACAAAUAUCAAUUUAUUUUUACUGAAUAGAGGACAAAGAAUAUAUUAAUUGUUCUGAUAUUGACUAAAUUAAUGCGAGUCAUCUUGUGAAAAUGGAUUGUGUGACCAUUUUUGAGAGUUGUUUUAAAUUUCCAAAAAUUCUAUUCUGAAGUUUCAAGGAAAUUUAACUUAAUGUGUAUUUUUUGACAUUUUUAAGUUAACAUUUAGUCAGCAAGCAUUGCAUAGCAUGUCAGUAUAACAUUAACCUCUGCACUGAAGAAAUAUGUAAUUUAAAAAAUACAAGGGGCAUAACUCAACUCAAAUUCUGCAUCCGUCUAAAAGCAGGUGGUGACAACUCCUUGGACAUACCGACUGACGGACAUUGUUGUAACAUUAUACGGCCCUUUUUGUUGAACAUGCAUAUGUAAAUGCAGUAAAACCAUAAAAAUUCUGUUUUGUAACACCGUACCGGCUUACAAAUGAAUAAUGAACCCCUGUGCAACACUGUAUAGAAAUAUAUUGCGGAUAAUAGUUAAGUUUUGAAUGUUUUAUAUCGGGUAGAUUUCAGGUGAUUGAUAAAUGAUGAUGACAUUGUAAAUUUUUUUACGAAAUUUGUUAUAAAUUAUGAUCGUAUAAAACAUUUAUCAUUUUAUAAAGGAUUGUUCAAUUGUGUAACUGGUUGUCCCUGACUGGGCCAUUAAUUCUGUUUCAUACCUGAUUUGUGGAGAUAUUUUGGCCAUUAAUUUUAUCAUGAAUGUAAAUAAUUUAAGAAGGAUGUGGAUUGAAAUAACUGCAGAUUAUCUGUAAGACACUGGAUGAUGCAGAUGGUUUGACAGGAUUUAUGUAAUAGUUCAUUUUAUUUUGUUGUGAAAUAUUCAUGCCGGCUUGUCGUUUUUAAAAAAUUAUUUUUUAAUGGAAAAGGGAUGAAAUUUAUUUCGUCAGAACAUUGUUAUUGUGGUUUCAAUGACGUUACAUGGCGAAAAAAAUGCAGACAGUACAACAAACAAAUUUUGACAACAUUAAUUGGAUGAUGUAUGUGUAAACAUUUCAUAUUUUGAGAACAUGAUGUUCAAACCAGGAUGUGAACAUCAGGUGAUGAUGAAGAUGAUGAUGACAAAGACAAAAACACAACAGACAUGCAGAUAGAAACUUCAACUGAACCCAGCUGCUUUGACAGCAAGGUCACUGACCUUGACAUAAAGAAAAAUCAGGCAGAUGACCUUGAACCAGAAGUAAAUCAUAAAGAUUCAUCUAAUAACAUGGAAAGUGAAACCGUUGAAAAUUGUAUUAAAUGUGAAGUCAAUGGAUGUGAGAAUGAUGAAAAUGAAAAUAUGACUUCUGAAAGCAAGAAAACUGAAACUGCAGAAUCCUUGAAAGGUGAACAUGUUAAAAUAGAAGGUAAUGGUAAAGAAGCGAUUUCUGAUAGUACUGAAAACGAAAAUGUUAGUGUAAAGAAAGAAAAUAUUGUGUAUAAUGUGGACAUUGAAAAAGAAAUAAAGAAGGAACUUAAGGAAGCAGUAGAGAUAAGGAUUCCAAAGGUGAAACAAAAGUUAGAAAUAGAUGACUAUAAGUGGAUGUCUGGUAAUGCUGAAAAGACAAACAAGAGACCUGAAACUCCACCUCUCCAGAAACUGAUGAGACAAGAUUUCUCUCCAUUAAAGUCAGGUAAUUUGUCAUCUCCUUCACCACCAAAAAGGUUCAGAGACAGCUCAUCACAUAAAGAAGGGUUUACUUCUAAAUUAGCUUCAGUGAUCAUACCUAGCACAAGUACGAGCGUACCUCCAAAGACAGCUUCUCAUCCCAAACAGUUGCUUUCACAUUCAAUAGCUAGUCUAAGGACAUCUAGCUUGAAACCAACAAGCUUGAAUAAAUCCACAUUUCCACAUAGUUCUUACCUUUCAAGAUCAUAUCCAUUUAGUCAAUCAUUAUUUAUGUCUCCAGAGGAAGACCAACCUUUAGACCUUUCUAAAAAGCCCUCUAGUGAGCCUAAGGGAAGCCCAAAGAGAAAUGGCAACUCAAAACAUGAUUCUUUUAAGCAUGAAAAUGGACUUUCCUCAACUAGUCUACAAAGUUUACAACAAAAGUUUGGUGGAGAUUUUCACCUGCGUGGAUUAAGAAAACCAUUGAAUUACAUGUUAUAUGGACCAGAAAUUCCAGCCCUUCAUCAAGCUUUACUUCAUUCGGCAUCUAUGUCGCUACCUCAUUUUGCCCUACCAAUGUCAAAUGGUCAACCAAAACUGACGCCAGAGAAGAUAUACCCUUCAAGACAUCGAAAUCUGACUCCAUCACCUUCACACAAAAGUCGCAAUGAUGAUAGUAUCAAAACUAUCAAGCGUGAGGACUCUUCUGUAAAUGAGAAAUCUGUAAAAAGGGAAUUGGACAAAUCAGACAUUGAAAACGAUCCUAGUCUUGAUGAUAAGCAGGGUGAAAAUUACACAAACCAUUUAUGUACGUGUGGUAAAUGGUUUGAUGGGCUGUAUUCACUGAGUCUGCACUUACAGGAAACUGGACAUCUGCCAGCAAGGAAUAAGUCUGUAAGUUUGCUAGAGUAUCCAAAACUUGUGAGGGGUCAGGACAUGUGGUUAAAUCAGGAAUCUGAACAGACACGUAGAAUUCUACGCUGUAUCCAGUGUGGGGAAUCCUUCAAAACACUGCCAAUGUUAACAGUUCACAUGAUGAAGACACAGCAUUACACAAAGAUUGUGAGCUCUGAGCAUGCUAGAAGAACUCACAAGUGUUCAGCUUAUUGUGACAAGGAACAAGAUAAAGAAUGUGUGUUCAAAUGCAAAGUGUGUCAAGAGUCGUUUACUGACAUGGAAGGCCUAGCCAAUCACAUGAUCAUGUCUGGGCACCACAAAAAACAAUCACCCAGACCACCACAGUCAUUUAGUGACCUGCAGUUCAAAAAGAGGAAGCGAUAUAGUUUUGACGAAUCAUUAAAUCCAUAUGGAAAUCCAAGCAUGGCAGCUAUUUAUGACUACAAAAGACAUUUAGCUGGAGGUUCUGCUAGUCCUGAGUUAUCAACAGAUGAUACUGAUGAUAGUAGAAUAAACUGUGAGAAUUGUAACUGUAAGAUUGAAACUAAGUCAUUUGUAGAGCAUGUUAGAGCAUGUUUAGGACAGAAGUUGCGUGAAGAUGUUGCUAAAUUGGAAAAGGAAAAUGCCAGAAAGGGAAAUACAGAAAAGAGAAAUUUUGACAAAACGAAUGAUGAAGACUCAGAUCUGCUAAGAUCACAAGAGAAAAAGCGAAAGUUAGAUAAUGGUUCAGUUAAAUCAAGUAUUGAUAGUGAUAGUGAAGUAGAGAAAAUGAAAUCUGAUGUAGAUGUAGAAUCAUUAGAUGAUGAUAAAGAAAGUAAAAGCAUUUUAGAUGAUACAGAUGGUCUCGAUAAAUCCAAAGUUAGUGACACAAGGGACACAAAAGAAUCUGAAAAAUCCAUAAAACUUGAAAGUGAUAGUGAUGAAUUGGAACUAGGUGAGAUCAGAGAUAAAAGUAAAAACAUCCUAAAAGAAAUCCAGACUUUAGUAGAUAGUAAAAGUUCUAGAAAUGAGAGAAGAGAGAUUAUUAAAGCUGAGGUGGACAGAUCUGACAAUGAGAAAAAAUCUAAUGGUAACACUUCGAGAAAAGUACCUCUUGGAAAGAAACUUGACAUAAUAGAUCCAGAUCAUGCGAAAGAAGCGUCAGAAGGGUCUGCUUUGUCAGCCAUGGAAUCAUUCAUUAAAAAAAGUUUCAGUAACAAAUUUGACUAUAAAAAGGGCAACAUAAUCAUCAGUCCACAUAGCAGUUCAGAUGCUACCAUCCAUACUAGACCAAUUAAUAGUGCAAUGAGUUUUGAUACAACUGAUUAUCUUAGUCGUUACAAAAACUUCUAUGCAGCGCUCAACUUGAACCUGGGUAAUGGUUUUAAACAAGGACAAAGUGAGAGAGAAGGAAAUAAGUCAAAAGUGAGUAAUCACGAUGUUGUUAAGAAAGAAAUAAGAUCAAAGUUAGAGAAAGGUAAAGAAAGGUUUGAAAAAUUGGAAUCACCAAAAUCUGAUGGUAGUGAUGAGAAGGAUGAUGGGAGAAAUAGUGUAAAGUCAGGUGUUUCUGAAAGUUCUAGUCAACUUGAUAAGAAUGAAAACUUAGAAACUAAGUACUUAAAUAUGGAUGAAAAUGAUGAUGAAAGUAAAACAGACAAGGAAAAAUCCUCUGCUUUAGACAAUCUUAGUAGUUUUGUUUAUGGUCAGAACUUAACUAGUGAACAUCCUUUGGAUAGUUUACAAAGACUGAUCACAAAAUCCGACAUUCCAAAAUUAAUGGGUACAGCAGCAGCUUCCCAUGGUUUUAAAUACCUCCCUCCACAUUUAGCGUUACAUCAAUCCAGUCUCGACCUUAGUGUGCCUCUGAACUUAAGCGUAAAAGCGCAAAACGGUGAAAGUGAUGAGGAAGACUCAAAGUCGCGACCUGACGAAGAUAGUCUGUCUGAUUAUGAACCAUUGAAUUCGCCGACAAAUAGUGACGGUGAACCAGUUGAGUAUCGCUGUGCAGCGUGUAGUCGAAAAUUUGCGUCGAAAGGGUCAUACAGAUAUCAUCUAAGUCGAUGCCAUCUGUCAAGUGUGAAACGCUAUGGGAUCAAGGAGGCAUUUAAUAUGAGUCCAUAUGUGUACUUACCAUUAGAUCAUACAGCCAAAUUCUCAAAAUAUUAUGAGAUGGCAAAGGAGCUUGCUAACAAAGCAAAGGAAAACAGAACUAAAUAAGAAUCUCAGUUGUGGUAAACAGGUUUUUAUCAAAGCAUUUGGUAUGGAAGUUUUUAAAAUUUUUCUUUAUUUUUCAGAUGUCAUUUUUUUCAUGCACACAAGCUGCCAUUGACUAACACAGGACAAAUUAAUGUUUGUUUUUGUUUACAUCAGAAUAAGAAUUUUUCAUAUAUACAGUCAGCUAUUGACUUGAAAUUAUUAUUUUGUUUUAUAGGCCUAGAAUGAGAAAAAAAUGGAAGAGCCAAGAUAUAUUUGUUAAAAUACAGCCCUGAAUAUUAAUUAAGAAAAUACAUUUGGUCCAGAUAUUGUAUAACAUUUUCAUUUGGUGCAUGUCAUAAAUCAUAACAAAAUUUAUUUCGUCUUUAUAGUAUAAACUGCUUUUGACUUAAAGCUAAUUGAAAGAUUUUUGAAAAAAAUAAAAAAUUCUUAAGUAAGAGUUUAUUAUGUCCUGCAACUUAAACACUAUCCGGUUAAGAAACAACAACGAAAAAAAUGCUAACGUUCAGAACUGUCAAUGUACUACAGUACAUCCAAUAAGCCCUGUUUACCAGGUGUAUAAAGUGUAUGAACAAGAAUUCCAAGUAUUUGUGUAUCCUAUUUUGGUUGUGAACUGUUAUUUGUUAUAAAAUACAUUUAUGAUUGAUAUUUUACAUAGCUUUAGAUAACUCUUAAGCUUUCUUUUUGCUUUUACAUGAUAAAUGAUUGCAUUUAUGUAUAUUUGGAAUUUAAAAAAUUAAUUUGUAGGUCCUAAUGGUGCUUUUAUAAAAACAGUUGCUGAGCAUUUAUUCUGAUUGUUUCAAGAGGUUAAAAGAAACUAUUGUGUGUGCCCUUUAGUAAAUUAAGCACUUACACCUUUGUUGCACUUUUUUUUAGAGAUUUAUGGAAAGUAAAAUGGACAAUCAUGAUAAUGUCCCCUUUAGAUUAACAGCUGGAUGUUAACAGCUCAGUCGCUUUUUUUCCAGUAGUUCAAGUUUUCUUAUCUAAAGUGCAUGUAUGUUUUGAUGAACAGCACAAUAACCAUCCAAAAUUCUGAAAAUGCUGCAGAAUUGAUGACUCAAGCCCAAACACCUUUUUUUAUAAUGAAAUCUCAGGACUCGAAAUUUUCGUGCUACUAGCAUGUUUUACUAAUGCUUAGUGCUAAAGAAACCUUUUUUUUCUGAGCCACACAUUUUAUGCUUUCAAAGUACUGAUUAAUGUCUGGUCCAAAGUUGUAAAACUGAGCUUGAAACCAGUCCAGGAUUAUGGAACCUAGCUUUGAGACCAGUCUCCAAAUUCAGCCUCUGAUUUGUUGUUUUGAAACGCAAUUUUGAAAAUGAUCGAGGGUUGCCUGCUGGUCCCAAACUCGUUAACUUUGAUAAUGAUGGAGCAUGGACUUCCAAAUCACUUUGUUUAUUAGGGGCACUGGCAAAAUAUUACUUUAGCAAAACUGUGGUUAUUGAAUCAAAGAAAGUCUAACAAUCCUCUUGAAGAACUAAGGGCAACAUUAUUUUGUUUCCACUAGAUCAGAAUAUUCUUUUAUGUACAAAAUACAUAUUUUUUGUUUUUGCAUAUUUAUAUCUUAUGAAGCAUGUGUCAGUCAAGAAAUUCCACAUCACUAUAGUGCAGUUUUCUUAUUCAUAUCUCGUUCUUUUGUAUAAAAAAAGUUGACAGCCUAGUCUAAAUUUGAACAUUGUAUUUAUGCGCCAUUUUUGUUUUUUCUACAAGUGUUAGAUAUUUUGUUAUGAAGUGUUGUUAUCGGAAAUUGUGUAUAUUGUUUGUGUGUGAAGACAAUUUAUGUAUGUAUAAUGGUGCGAGCAUCAUCACAUGUAUAUUUAAUUCAUUUAAUGAAUUGUUAUGCUGUGACAAUCAGUGUAAAUUUAUAUGCCUAUCCUCUCUCAAAAUUUUGUGUAGUUUAAAUUUUAUGUGAUUUCAUAUUUUUUAGUGAAUAUGAUGUUCUCAGCUUCCAAAGACAGAAAGAUUACACUUUAACAUAGUAGUUCGGCAAUAAUGAAAAUGAAUAAUCCCCCAAAAAACGUACUGAAAUCUAUGAAAAGAUCCCUUUUAUAUAUUGAGAAGUUAUGAUACAUGGAAACAUGUUUAUGUAUUUGGAUGAAUAUUGUUUAGACUAAAUUAUGUAUCUUAAAACAUUGUCACAAAUUAUUCAAGCUAUACAGUUGUUACUCAAUAGAGAAGUUGUGAUUUCCGUACUUGUAAGUGUAUGUAUACAUGUAGUUAUUCCCUUUAAAUAAUAAUAAUAUAGGGCUGUUAAAAUUUAUUUGUUUUCUACAUAUAAAUCUACAAAAGUAAAUAUACACAUUUGAGUGUACAUGUUUAAUAAGGUCAGGUCUUGGUUUCACACGUACCUACUGAAUGUGUUCCUGCAAAACCAAGAUGUUCAGAAUUUUGGUGCUUCCGAUGCAUCUCGAAAUAAAGGAUGUACUCUUACAUGUACACGUUCCCUUACUAGUAUGAAAUCAAAAUCUUUCUAAUAUUUUAAAAUGUUUCAGGUUUUUUACCCAUUCUUUUGUACAUAGAGGUUUAUAUUAAGAAAGAUACUGGGGAUGGCAUUGUUUUCUAUUUCCAGUUAAGGAUUUUUUAAGUCGUUGUUAAGAAAUUUUUUGUACCACUGCCAUCAAAUUUGUUUUAAAAAAUAGCACAUUACAAAUUAUAGAUAAAGCAUCAUUCAACCAUAAAGUCUACUAUUAUAUCAAUUCAUAGCGAUUAAUCUUGACAGGGAACUCGACCAUUGUGUACUUGAAAAAAGAGUUGCCAAAAUUUUUUCAUUACAAAGUAUUUCAACAGACACAUCACCCUGAAGUGUAAUCAAAGCUCUGGAGAGUAAUGUGCCCUUGGGCUUACACAGGUGUUUUUGGUGCAUCAGUGUUUGCAGCACUAACUAAAUUCUGCAGUUUUAACUUUUGAAGGAGACUAUGUAAAUACAUCAAAUGAGCCGCGCCAUGAGAAAACCAACAUAGUGCGUUUGCUAACCAGCAUGGAUCCCGACCAGCCUGCGCAUCCGCGCAGUCUGGUCAGGAUCCAUGCUGUUCGCUAAUGGUUUCUCUCCUUGCAAUAGGCUUUGAAAGCGAACAGCAUGGAUCCUGACCAGAUGCGCAGGCUGGUCUGGAUCCAUGCUGGUCGCAAACGCACUAUGUUGGUUUUCUCAUGGCACGGCUCAAAUGGUAAUUAAUGACGUAUUAGUAAUUUAUUAUCUUUUCCAUGUAUCAAAAAGAACUUUUUACAAAACAUGCAUUUAAUCUUAAUUUUGCUUGCAAUGAAUGAGUCUUUACUUGCACAACAAUUCAAGGCCGACAAAAGAUUAUAAUGAGGCAGUAAACUCAAUAUAACGAACAUGCAAGAAUAGUGUCUAGGUUCCAACAUAAAAAAAAUUUCAGUCCAGACUGCUUUUAAGGGUUUGAUAGAUAGCUGAUGGGAUGAUGAAUUUGUUUAUUUCAUGUUUUAUAUAAGAGGGGAAAAUUAAGUGAUUAUUCAUAGUUAUGUAUGAUGGAAGCAAUGUUUUUGCAGGAUGACAAACAAAAUGGCUGCAAUCCGUCACAAUUACAUGUUUUCCAUCAAAAUGACGGAUUUUUCUGCGGGUAAUAAUGGCUGCUGGCAUGAAAUAGUAUAUUAUAAAAAUUUAUGAACAGAUUUUCUUGUCACGGACAGAUUGCGGCAUUUUGAAUAAAUAAUGCAUGGUAAUAAAAUGCAUGUUGCAUAAAUGAGUAAUGCAGAAUUCCCAUGAUUUAUAUUAAUAUUUCAAACAUUUACAAAGUACCAGCUUACCAAAUUGACAAAUUUAUCAAACUAAUUUGAUGCAUAUAUCAUGCUGUGAACUAUGAGAAAGUAAGGAACAAAACUAUUUUUUUUGGUUAGAAUUAGUGUGAUCAAGUACAAAACCUUUAUCAAACUGAGCCAUUUCAAUUUUGUUACAAUAUCUUGUGUUAAGUUCUAUAGAUAAUUCCCUCACUAAUGCAAAGAUUCAUCCUCGUUUUUACUUGAAGUAGAUCAAAAUCUGCAUAAAUGUAAAAAAACAUGGAAUUAGUUUAUUACGGUUUUAUAGUUUUUGUUCACUUGUGCUUGCAAUUUAUUUCUUACUAGACUUUGGUACAUCUUUUUUAACUCUUCCAGUUUAACUAUAAAAGGUUGAAAUGUAUGAAGAAAUUAGUUCAAAGUAGUGAUAAGAGAACAUACAAAAACAAAGACAGAUAGGAAAAACCAGCUCCUUACUUUUUGUUAUGACAAGUUUAAUGUGCUGGUGGCAAGGGAUUCUGUCUUUGCGACCAGUGCAGACCAAGAUCAGCCUGCACUUCCAUGCAGUCUGAUCAUGGUCAGCACUGUUUGCUAUUCAGGCAGUAAAUUUUCAGUGUACACCCCUUCAAAUAAUAAAUGGUAUUGCCUAAACUAAAUGAUAGACCAGUUCAUUUUAAAAAGGUUAAGCGUUCAGUCAUAUAAUUAUAUGGCUAAAAGUUCUAUUCUGCCCUGUCCUGUUAUUGUAUAAAUAUAUUGCCAUGUUCUGUUGAAAUGAAAUUUAAAAUACUACAAAAACCAUUCAAUUAAAAUCCAAUGAAUUUAUUAUAUGUAUAUAUUAUGUUGGAGAUUUAUUCAUGAUAUUUUCAGUGUAAUCCAGUUAACAUAUCAUAGUUGUUUUUGUUCUGCUGUGUUCAGUUUUGUACCUGUGUACUUUUUGUUGUUCUUGUAAUACUUAUUUAUUAAUGACUUACCAUUUAAAGUUGCAUAAAUAGGUUACACUGUUUUGUUUAUAAUGAAAAACAGAAUAUUUAUAGAGGAUAUUUGUUUGUUUUAGUGCAAGGUUAAAACAUCUUUCAUCGGGUGAAUACCAAAUGCAAUAAUUUUUUUUGCAAAAAAUUGUAUGAUAUGGUGUUCACAAAAGAAAGAUAUUUUGAUCUUACUUGUAAAACAAACUCAUUUUCUCUGGGUUUUUUGUUGGGUUUUUUUUAUGGUUUUAAUCAAAGUUUACCCAUUUUGUAGUUAUGUAUCAGUGGAAAAUGUGACUUUACCUGAUGUAUUACAAUAACUGAGACUCUGAAAAAAAAAAAACAGUAAUAUAUUUUUUUUAUAUAUUUCUAACUGUAAUGCAGUCAUACGUUACAUAAAUAUCGUUUUAUUGAGAAGAUUAAAUAAAUAUCAGUUGAUUUAGAAAUUCCAACUAACAGAAAAAUUGACAAAAACAAAAUAUUAUGAUACGAAUCAGAUCACUUUCAUGUAAGAUUGUGUAACAAUUGCUUUCUAAACUGAUAUAUUGUCAGGAACUGCAGCUGUAACAUUAGAAAAAGCGACACAAAGAUUUUUCUUUGCCUUUUAAGUGAUGUAUAUUUCCUUCUGUAUGUUUAUGUUUGUUGUUGUUCAGUUUUAAUGCAGAGAAAUCCUUUAUUAGAUUAUUUCAGCACCAGUGUUUUUACCUCUGGACCCUAGGCAGUGAAAUGUCAUAGCUUGAUAAAUCCUGUAGAGUCUAUACAUUUCUAUCUUUCACUGAAUGACUUGCCAGUCAAUAGUCAAAACUAUUUACUGGAGUACUGAGGGGAAAUAGUUUGACUAUAGACUGGUAAUCAAUUCAUUGAGUAUGUUAUCACAUGACAAUAUAAACCAAUUUCGAAUUUGUUUUUCUCAACAUUUUACUCCUGUGCAGCAAACUAUGUUGAACUAGAGUGGUCAAUAGCACGAACUGUUGACUGGUGAUUUAGCAACUUUAAUUCCGAACUAAAAAAAACUGAUGAAUACAGGCCUUGCAUGGGUACUAUCAUUUUGUUUGCCUUAUAUUUCAUUAAGAUGAUAUAUAAAUGCAGUUGUAAUCUUGUUUUGGGAAAAAAUGAGUUAAAAAUUUUUUGCUUCUGCAAAGUUCCAGUAGUACCUGCAUUUAUGAAUCAACUUUCAAAAUUUUUGCAACAUACCUUUUAACAUGAACACUAUGGGUCCAAAUUACUGAAGUCAUACAGUAAUAUACUUGGUAUAUCAUACACAUAUAUCAAGGUGGCCUUUGUGCAUUAUUACAGUCAAUCAAAAAUCCAUGAAAAAAGUUUUGUGUUUUCAGCAAGAGUUUCUCUUAGAAUUUUUGUACACAUUGCAAACUUUUUACUCCAGUUAAUUAUGAACGAUGCAUAAAUACUUGCAUUUUUAACUUUAGUCUAUCUGUAUUGUUAAAUAAUUGAAUCUCCGUGACCCCAUGAAAAUGGUGGAGGGGUAAUUAUACAUUUUAGGUUAUCUCUUUUUUUUUUUCAUGUUUAACUGGGAAUAUUUUUAACAGUUGAAGACAAAUACAUCUGUAUACAUAAAUUUUCUAUAAAUAAUUCUUUUGAAAAUUUAUUAGUUAUACUACAAUUAAUAAUUAAUUUUAUAUCUUACAUUUUAGAAAAUAUAUUUUACCUCCUAGCUUUACACUGAUGGCUUGCUUACAUUUUUAGCUUUAUUUUCAUCCCUUUUAUCAUAUCUUCUUACAUAUAAUUAUAUACAUCACUUUUUGCCUUUUUGAUGUUCUGUGAAUUUCCAUGGUUGAAAUAUGUUUAUUAUUAUAAUACAAACAAAUAUGAAAAAGCAA